AGGAAUGGAAGGGUAAAUAACAGAGCAUUCUCCUAGUAAGUGCCUACAGGGGCCAGCUAGGUGGUGUGGGUCCUUGCCACAGGCUGGAAAAAUGAAAAGGAAAGGAAAGCUGCUGCUCCAGCUGCAGAGGGUAAAGGUCAACAAAAUAAGUCUCAGGACAGGAAGCAGCUACAGAGUUGACAGUUACAAAGUUCCUUUUGAGGGACAGGGUGGAUUCAGCUGUUUUGCCUUUCAGGAACUAAAAGGAGGGGCCUAGAGAAAGGAAAGAACAAAGUAUAGGAAAGUGCAAACAGUGUUUUGCGCUUCAGGCCAGAGCCCCGGGCAAAGUUUGCCCAGGCAGGUUCCUCUCUCCCCAGGAGUUAUUCCCAAGACUGUAUUCAGGGGGUGAUGCCCUCAGUCUGACAGUGAUGGAGUUAAUUUUGUGUUAUCUAUGCCUCUAGGAGACAAAUUGCCCUCUAAGCCUGCUUCCAACAAGAUAAAACUUCCUCCAAGAGCUCCCCUAGACAUUGCAGACAAACCAAUGCAACCUCCCUCCCGGAACAAGUGGGAUCUUAAGGGGUUUGCUGAUCAGCCAAUGCAAGAGGAGCAAGGACUGUUAGGAGCUUGCUGUCUGCAGGACUAACUGGGCUCUUCAGCGCACACCCUGUUGAGGACAGAGGAGCCUGGACUCCCAUGUUACGAGUAUCCGAUAGGGAAAUUCAGUUGAGGAAGAGCCUGAUGCCAGACUUCCUAACUGUGACGUGGAAGGUGAGAGCUUGGAAGGGGUUCAGGAAAAGAAGAUCCAAUAACCUAGAGGAGGCAGAUGAGGAAGGUGGUCGACAGGUUCAAGGAGCAGAGAGUGACCACGCAAGAGCUCGCCAGGAGCCGUUGAGCCCAGUGAUCACUUGCGGCAUCUGUGUGAACAUGCAAAGAUAACAAUGCAAAAACUUUGCAUUACUCACUGGGAGGAGAUUUAGCAAGAAGCUCCCAUGGAAGAAAUUCCUGUGCCACCCAGGAGCAAGCACCCUUAUGCCUGUAACAGAAAACUUCAACUGACUUAAAUAAUGAGGAAAAUGUAUUAUCUCGUACAGCAAGAAGUCCAAAGGUUCUUACAUAGACAUCUUGAAAAUGAAGAUACAAGGCCAACGUCUUCUCUCAGAUCAGUCCACAAAGCUGCCACUGCCUGUUGUCUUCUUCUAGAUUAAAAAACAACUAGAUUCUCUCCGAGGGAGACUGAGGUUAUUGGAUCUGCUUUUCCUGAACCCUUCCAAGCUCUCACCUUCCACGUCACAGCUAGGAAAUCUGGCAUCAGGCCCCAGGGAGCAGGAAUAUGUGACACAUAAGGGCACACCUGGCCCAGCCUGGAGCAUGGGGCGUCAUUGCAUAAUAGAACGCUUCUACAUUUUUUUCAAUGCAAAUAUCUGAAUCAGAGGUACACAGGAGCAACCUGAGGUCCUGCAACUAUAUUUCCUAGAGAUUCCUGGGGAGAUACUAACCAGACUCUGGGGGUAGGGCCAUUUGAAAGCCUAUAAGGGCAGCUCCUCUGCAGACCUUAGAAGUCAAGAGGAUUGCAGUCAACCUGGUUCCUGCUGAAGUGACCCAGUGAGUGGAGCUCUGGCAUCAUGGACAUUGAAGCAUAUUUUGAAAGAAUUGGUUAUAAGAACUCUAGGAAGAACUUGGACUUGGAAACACUAACUGACAUUCUUCAGCACCACAUCCGGGCCGUUCCCUUUGAGAACCUUAACAUACAUUGUGGGGAAACCAUGGAGUUCGGCUUACAGGCCAUUUUUGAUCAAGUUGUGAGAAAGAACCGGGGUGGGUGGUGUCUCCAGGUCAAUCAACUUCUGUACUGGGCUCUGCGCACAAUCGGUUUUGAGACCACCACGUUUGGAGGGUAUGUUUACAUACCUGAAAUCGACCAAUACAGCAGUAACAUGAUUCACCUUGUACUGCAGGUGACCAUUGGUAGCAAGAAGUACAUUGUUGAUGCUGGGUUUGGAUUCUCCUUCCAGAUGUGGCAGCCUCUGGAGUUGAUUUCUGGGCAGGAUCAGCCUCAGGUGCCUUGCAUCUUCCGCUUGAGAGAAGAGAGUGGCACCUGGUACCUGGACCAAAUCAGAAGAGAGCAGCACGUUCCAAAUGAAGAAUUUCUUAAUUCUGAACUCCUGGAAAAGAACAAAUACCGGAAAAUGUACUCUUUUACUCUCGAACCUCAAGCGAUUGAAAAUUUUGAGCCUGUGAAUACGUACAUGCAGGAAUCUCCAACAUCCGUGUUUAAAACCACAUCGCUGUGUUCCCUGCAGACCCCAGAAGGGGUUCACGGUUUGGUGGGCUUCACCCUCAUCUCCAAAAGAUUCAAUUAUAAGGACAAUAUAGAUCUGGUAGACAUUAAGACUCUGGAUGAGAAAGAAGUAGAAGAAGUGCUGAAAAAUAUAUUUAAUAUUUCCCUGGAGAGAAAAUUUGUGCCCAAACAUGGUGGUCUAUUUAUCAAUAUUUAACUUUUUAGUGUAAGGAGGAAAAAAAAAAAAAACCUCUUGUUUUUAUCAUCCACCUGACUAAUGAUCAACUGAUGAGCUAUCACAUUUCUUCUAUACCUCCACAUAAUUUUGAAGAAAAUCCUAGACAUGAAAUCAUUUCACCCCUAACAAUGUCAGUAUGUAUAAUUAAAUAGCUUUUUAAUGAAACAUAACAACACAUCUUUUCAAAUUACUAAUAAAGUCAUUUUAAUGAUAACCUGUGGGUAUUUUGGGAAUCAUAGUGAUUUAUGCUAUAAAGCCUUUAUAAUUUGUUUAU